AUGAAUAAUGAUAAAGAAAUAAAUUCAGAAAAAAGUAAAAGAGCAAUAAAUCAUUUUAGUAAUAAAAAAGAGAUAAAAAAUUCCGACAGAAGAGGAAUUCUAUUUAGUAAAUUACCUUCACAACAAUUAAAUCCCGAUAGAUAUGAUAAUUUAAUGACAUUUUGGAAUAAUUCAUUAAUUGAUAUUUCAAAAUCAUGUAAUAUUUUAAUUUUCACUCCAAAAUUAUUAUCAACCUAUUUUACUGUUGAAAAUGUUUCACCAAUUUAUUUACCUUUAAUUUUAAAUGAAAUGAUAAAAACAAAAUUUAUAGUUAAAUAUGAAGAAUAUAUUAAAGAUUAUGGAUGGUCAAAAUGGGUAUGGACAAAGAUGGUUGUUCAACCAUUUCAAUAUUAUACAGGAUUAUCAACACCAAAUACAGAGACAGAAAAGAAUGUUAAAUUUAUAUUACCAGAGAUGAUAAAAGAUAAAGCGGAACAAUUAUAUCAACAUCAAUUAAAGAAUAUGAAUUCAACUACAGAUAAUAUAAUUUCAUAUAUUAAUUUAGAGAAAUCAAUUAAAGAUUGGUAUAUUACAAGAGAAGAAUUAGAUUUAUUAUUAUUAGUUUUAUUUAGAGAUUCAAAAGUAUUAAUUUUAACAAAUAAUAAAAUAAAGAAUAUUAAUAAUAAUAAUAAUGGUGAAGAUAGAAUAGGUAUUAAAUUUGCAUUUGAUGGUGAAAAAGUACAACCAAUUCAAGAAACUGAUUUUGGUAUAUUAAAAUUACAAACUACUUAUGAAACUUUGAAACAACAAGAAUCGAAAUUAUUAACUGAUAUUGAAGAGAUAUCAAAUACAAUUAAGGAAUCAAUACGUAUUAAACAAAAGAAUCAUGCAUUAUUACAAUUGAAAAAGAAGAAACUAUUGGAAUCAAUUUUAGAGAAAAGAGCAACUGCAUCAACAAAUAUUCAUGAGAUUCUAUUUUCAAUUGAAUCUGCUAAAUCCAAUCAACAAAUCAUUGAAUCUCUAUGUACUGGUGUUUCAACAUUAAAGAAAGUGAAUCAAGAGAUUUCAGUUGACCAAGUUGAUAGUAUUCUUGAUGAUUAUCAAGAUGCAAUCACAAAUCAAAGAGAAAUUGAUGAUGCUAUGAAAUCUGGUUUCAAUAGUGUAGAAUCAUUAUCAUCUGCUGAUAUCGAUGAAGAUCAAUUAGAAAAAGAAUUGGAUCAAAUGUUACAAGAUCAUCUUACACUUGAAAAAGAAGAAAAACAAAAACAAAAACAAAUUGAAAAAGAAAAACAACAACAACAACAACCACCAACCUCACAAUUUAAUCCAAAUUUACCAAUUCCAUUAAAAAAUGAAGAAGAUGAAUUAUUAAAAGAAUUAGAAUCAUUAUCAGUUACAUCAAAUCCAUUACCAAAACAAGAUGAAAAUAAACAAAAAACAAGUGAAUUAAUUUAA